AUCCCGAACAAGAGAAUUCAAGAUGUUCUAAAAAUAAGUUAUGAUGGGUUAGAUAGAAAUGAGCAGAGCAUAUUUCUGGAUAUUGCAUGUUUCUUUGAUGGAGGAGAAAAAUCUGGAAUUGAAAAAAUAAUAGAAAGUUUUGGUUUCUUUGCGAGAUGUGGAAUGAGGAGUCUCGAUGAUAAAUCUCUCAUAACCAUUUCAAGAGUCGUAGUAGAAAUGCAUAACUUACUACAACAAAUGGGAAAGGAGAUUGUGAAUGAGGAAUGCAAACAGCCUGGAGGACGUAGUAGGUUGUGGAAUUCUGAGGACAUUUCUCAUGUAUUCAAAACAAAUACAGGAACUGAUAAGAUUGAGUGCAUUUCGUUUGAGACGUUGAAUCCUGGAGCUAUUGAGAUAAGUUUCAAAAGUUUCAUGAAGAUGCCUAAUCUUAGAUUCCUCAGAAUCUUUAAUUCCAAAUGGAUUUUGCAUGAUGGCCUUGAUUUGCUUCCAGAAGAGCUAAGAUAUUUAGAUUGGGACGGUUACCCUUUGAAAUCGUUGCCGUUGAAGUUUUGCCCAAAUAACCUUGUACAACUUUGGCUGCGUAACAGCCAACUCAAACAACUGUGGGAUGCAGAUAAUAAGCCUUUUAAAAAUUUGAAAGUUAUGAUCCUCUUCGGCUCUCGGUCUUUAUUGAGAAUUUCGGACCCAUUUCAAGCCCCAAACCUUGAGAUAUUAUGUUUGAAAGAUUGUAGCAGUUUAAUUGAGAUUCCUUCAUCUCUUAAAUAUUCAACCAAGCUUGCUCGGCUAUACUUACAGGACUGUGGAAGUAUUCGCAGUUUGCCAAGCUUCCUUCAGUUAGAAAAUCUUGAGAUUCUUAAUCUUCAAGGUUGCAGUAAACUUAAAGAAUGUCCAGAGCUUCCUUGCAAUUUAAGGUAUUUAUAUUUAAGUAAAACUGCAAUAAAACAAUUGCCUUCAUCAAUUGGACAUUGCUCUCAACUUGUUGCAUUAUGGUUAAGGGGGUGUACAAAGCUUGAAAAUCUUCCAGACUGCAUUGGCCAGUUACAAUCUCUUGAAUACAUUGAUUUUACAGAUUUGAAAUUCAGCACUUCGCCAAAUAACUUCGGAUAUUUAAAAUCUCAGAAGAAACUUGAUGCAAAAGGAAGUGGCAUAAAAACAUUACCAUCCUCUUUCAAUCAAUUGAGCCGAUUGGAAUGUUUAGAUUUUGAGGGAUGUAAAGGUUUGACGGUAUGGCCUUCGUUGUCCGGUUUGAAUAGCCUACAGGAGCUUGAUCUGGGUAACUGUGGUAUAUCAGAAAUUCCAGAGAAUAUUGGAUUAUUAGUUUCAUUGAAAGAGUUAUAUUUAGAUGGAAACGAUUUCGAAAGCAUUCCUGCAAGCAUCAAACAACUUUCUAACUUGGACACUCUUAAGCUGAAUGAUUGUAAGAGGCUUAGAUAUUUGGCUUAGAUAUUUGCCAGAGCUUCCAGGCACAAGGUCAUUUUCUGCAUCAAAUUGCACCUCUUUAGAAUUUGUAUCAUUUUCGUCCUUUUCCAAGGCAGAAACAGAAGAUGACCUUCGUUACACCGAACUUAAUUUUGGUAACUGCAUCAAAUUGGGUGAUAAUGUACUUCUUCAAAUUACGGAAGCCCUGUUCUCAGCACAGCAAGGCCAGGACUGCCAUAAUUUAUGUAUCCCUGGGGUGGAAGUGCCGCAAAGUAUGAAAUAUCGAACAAGGGGGUCUCAUCUUUCAGUUCAGUUGGAAAGGUCUGAUCGUAUGUUAGGUUUUUAUUUUUCCGCUGUUAUUGAUUUCCAAGAUUUUGAUUCUAUUAGAUAUGACAUUAGAAAUUUUUGGAACUUCGAAGAUAAAUCUGGAAAGAUAUACUAUGA